UCUCAGUUUGAGAAAAGAUCCUGACAGCGGCUGCUCGGUAAUCACUGGACCCUUAAUCGCUCUUUUAAUGACUUUGUUUGAAUCUUUCUUCACGAAUGUUUCGUUUUAUUGCCGGUUUACUCUCCGGUGGAAACCCCGUUUGUCCGCCUGGAAAUGAGACUUCAUUGAGGGAGUGAGACCGAGCCGAACCGAGCCGAGCCGAGUCCAAGCCGAGCCAGCCCGGAUCAGAGUCCCGCAGAAACAAUGACAAGAUGAUUGUGUGGAUUCUUUUCUUUUUACUACUGAGUCCCGGAGGGAGCUGUGGAAACGGCGUGUUGUUCACAAAGCACCCGUCCAAUCAGACGGUGUCUCAGGGGAAUGCGGCAAGGCUGGGCUGUGCCGUUCAGGGAGUGACAGAGCCGGACAUCGGGUGGAUGAAGGACGGAGAGAAACUUUACAGCACCGACCAGAUGUUCAUCACACUGGGAGAGCAGCACUGGGAGACCUACCACAGUGUGAAGUCGGUCCAGCAGCAGGAUGCGGGUCAGUACUGGUGUGAGGUCGAGUUCCACGGCCUGACGUUCUCCUCUGAGCGAGCCUGGAUCACAGUGGAGGGCGUCCCUCACUUGGUCCAGGAGCCGCGGGACGUGUCCACGUUCCCCAACGUCCCCUUUAACCUCACCUGUGCUGCUGUCGGCCCCCCCGAGCCCGUGGAGGUGCUGUGGUGGCUGGGGGGGGUCCAGGUGGGAGAGCCUGGUCCAUCCCCCUCCGUCCUUCAGGUCCAAGGCGUGAACAGCAGUGUGAAGUUUUACUGUGAAGCGAAGAACACCAGAGGAAUCUCAGUGUCUAGAACUGGAACAGUUCACAUUAAAGUGUUGCCAGCGGCUCCAGUCGGCCUGCAGGUCCUGAAGAUGGUGGACAACAACGUCACGUUGUCAUGGAAACCAGGAUUCACUGGACACUCUGAGCUGUCUACUUGCAUCCUCCAGCUGUCGAGGCGUUCAGUUCGUAGGUGGGACCUCCCUCAGCAGGAGGUGGAGGUUCCUCCUCACCUGCAGGUCCUACCUGGUCUGAGGAGUCACUGUAAUUACAGUGUCAGAGUCUCCUGCAGUAACGAGGUCGGAGCGUCACCGUUCUCCUCCUGGUUGCACUUCCAGACACCUGAGUCAGUGCCCUCAGUGGCCCCCAGGAACCUGACGUUUGAGCUGUCAGAGCAGCAGCUGUCGCUGAACUGGGCCCGGCUGCAGGAUGAGGACCUUCAGGGGAAGCUGUUGGCCUACAAGGUGCAGUGGACUCUGGGAGGAGAACCACAGGAGCCUCUGCUGUUCAAGGAGAACUUGGCCCAGCUUUCAGGAGGAGGACGCUUCUUUAAUGCCUCCUUCCAGGUCUCAGCCUGCACCUCUGUUGGCUGUGGACCCUGGAGCUCCCCGGUGCUGGUACUGCCCGCCUCAGUGCAGGUCCAUGUCCAGCGGAGCCAUGUGUGGGUCGGCCUGCUGCUCAGUCUUCUGGUGGCCACUGUGGUCGGACUGCUGCUCACCGUCCUUGCCCGCCGCCGCGGGAAGGAGACGCAGUUUGGUCUGGCCUUUAAGCCUGCAGGUCCUGAGAGUUCGGUCUCGUUCACAGCAGCUCGAUCCUUUAACAGAAACUGUGCUGAGCUGCAGGAGUCCACAUUGGACAGUCUCAGUAUAAACAACGACCUGAAGAACAAACUGCAGGACGUUCUGAUCCCAGAGAGGCUGCUGACACUGGGACACAUGCUGGGGAAAGGUGAGUUUGGCUCGGUGCGUGAGGCGUUCCUGAAGACAGAGGACUCGUCUGUCCAGAAGGUGGCAGUCAAAGUGCUGAAAUCUGACAUCACGUCAUCAGGUGACAUUGAGCAGUGUUUGAAGGAGGCAGCCUACAUGAAGGACUUUCACCACCCCAACGUCAUCCAGCUCAUCGGAGUGAGUCUUCACCGCCGUCAUGGUCAGAGGCUGCCCAUCCCGAUGGUGGUUCUUCCUUUCAUGAAACACGGAGAUCUGCACACGUUCCUGCUGCUGUCCAGACUGGGAGAACAUCCGUUUGACCUGUCUCUGCAGACUCUGCUCCAGUUCAUGUUGGACAUCUCUCGGGGGAUGGAGUAUCUGAGCAGCCGAAGCAUCAUCCACAGAGACCUUGCUGCUCGGAACUGCAUGCUGGAUGAGAAUAUGACAGUGUGUGUUGCAGACUUUGGACUCUCGAAGAAGAUCUACAGUGGAGAUUAUUACCGUCAGGGUUCAGUCUCUAAACUGCCUGUGAAGUGGAUCGCUCUGGAGAGUCUGGCUGACAACGUUUAUACCACACAGAGCGACGUGUGGGCGUUUGGCGUGACGAUGUGGGAGAUUAUGACUCGUGGUCAAACUCCAUACCCCGGCGUGGAGAACUCUGAGAUCUACGAGUAUCUGAUUAAAGGAGAACGACUGAAGAAACCUCCAGACUGCAGAGACGACAUUUAUGAGAUCAUGCACAGCUGCUGGAGUCCCGUUCCUAAAUGUCGUCCCAGUUUCCAGCGUCUGGUAGUCCAGCUGGAGGCGCUGUGGCUUAGCCUGUCCCCCGCCUCCCCACAGAAGGAGCCUCUGCUGUAUGUCAACCUGGAGGGGGACGAGGGGGAACUGAGUCGAGGGGGAGGACGAGGAGGAGCAGUCGGGGCCCCGCUGGCGGCGGCGGCGGAGGAAGUGGCAGCAGCCGGGAGUCUGAGCUGGAGUGUCCCCUGGCAGCGGAGGGCGGAUGACGAGGAGAAGGACUGGCUGAUGGUGGGGUCCGGGGCCGCACUCGCCAUCGGAGGAGACUACAGGUACAUCAUCGGCCCCUGUGGAGGCCCAGAGGAGGAGGUGGAGGGGGAGGGGGAGGAGGAGGAGGAAGAGGUGGAGGGGGGAGGCGCAGGGAGGAGGGAGGAGGUCAGAGACGAAGAGGACGAUGUCGUCAUUAAUGUCUGACCAAUCCUAGUGCUCCUCUCACCUGAUUGGACCUGAGCUCGUCAGUCAGCUGAUCAGAGACGCUGGAUUUACAGUACUGAGCAGCAGCAGGCGGGUGGAGACUCGCUGGAGGUAGGCUGGUUCCCCUCUGACUGUGACUGUUAGCCUAGCUUAGCACAGACUGAAAGCAGAGGGAAACUGUUAGCCUCUGUUCCAUUAUUGUACUUAACAGGAAGUGAAUAAGUCAGUUACUGUUAACGAACCUGAAGGUGGAUUAUUAGCAUUAUUAGCAUUAUUAGCAUUGAACUUGUAAAAUAUAAUUUGGACACUUUAGGGUGAAACAAUUUAAAACAAUAAGUUUUUCAAAUUCACGAACAACAAUUUAAAAUCAUAUGAAGUCAUUAGUUCUGGUGUCAGUGAGCUGAUAUUUAUUGGAUUAUUUUAAAGACUAAUCCAGUAAAUUAGUAAUCAAUAACCUGUCCAUCGUUCAGAUUCAUUUCACUAAAUGAAAUAAACAGUGAACGUGUGAAUGAACCAACUUUAAACAUCUGUUUCAUGUUUUUAUGUUUGUUCUGUUUUUUUACUGGGAGGCUGCAGAGGAAACUGGUCCUUCAAAAUAAAAGCUUUCAAUCUUUUAUUAAACAUUUGAUCAACUGUAACAACCACACUGGAACCAAUAAUCAGUGAUAUUAACUCAUCAGCGCUCUCUGCUGGACAAACAUUUCUUCAGUGUCCAUCAUUUAUUCAUUUAUAGAAACAGGAGAGCAGACCGCUGUGUCAAACCCCGCCCCCUUUCAGGCAUUCAGGAGUCUUUAAUGUCAUGAAUUAAGAAUAUUGACAUUUAUCUAUUAUAAAUCCUCUGUGCAGUCAGUAAACAAUGCUGUUGUGUUGUUGUUGUAAAUAAACAUUGUGGUUGAUGAGUGUC